UUUUACCUGGAUUUACUAGGCAUUCCAGGAGAUGGAAGAUGCUUAUUCCGUUCCGUGGUUCACGGUGCAUGUGUCCGGUCAGGGAAAGCUAUACCUAAUGAAGAUCUUCAGAGAAAGCUAGCUGAUGAAUUGAGGUCAAUGGUUGCCGAUGAAUUUGUCAGUAGACGGGAAGAGACUGAAUGGUUUGUUGAGGGCGAUUUCGAUACGUAUGUUUCUCAGAUUAGGCAGCCACAUGUGUGGGGUGGUGAGCCAGAACUGUUCAUGGCUUCACAUGUUCUUCAGAUGCCAAUAACUGUGUACAUGCGUGAUAAAGAUGGGGGUGGUUUAAUAAGUAUCGCUGAAUAUGGCCAAGAGUAUGGUAAAGAAGAUCCAGUACAACUUCUGUAUCAUGGUUUUGGCCAUUAUGAUUCCCUUCAGAUUCCAGCCAAUAGGGGUCCAGAGGCAAGAAUGUAGAAUUUUGGAGUUCCAGAUGGACAAGGCAGGCACGUUGCAAAAGCAUUGAUCUGUGGAUAGCAGAUGUCUUUGUCUAGGGACAUGCUCAUGAAAAUGGUAAGAGAUGGACGACAUUCCAUUCUCUGUUUGAAGCUGCCCAACGAGCAAAAUUUGGAGCGAUCCAUUGCAUCUGAUUCUGCUGAAGAAAUAGGCAGGAACUCAAAAAGGUAACAUCAUUAGGGGAGACGACUGAAUCCUGCUGUGUUGGUUCAUGUACUCACCAUGCAGUGGUGUAGACUAUUUCUCGAAAACCUCACCAUGGAGUGGUGUAGAUAAACAUGUACUUGUAAGGCUGUAACUAGAUGUAAUCUCUGUUGCUCAGGCAAUAAAAGGAUUGGGAUUAUUGAUAGAUCUUGCCUUCAAUGUUUUCCUCU